CAUCAGCGACUGCCAAUUUAAAUGGUCAAGGCCUCGUGAAGUGUGUUAUGACAUGUAAGAUCCUCAGCACAGGAAGACGACGUACAUACUGUACAAGUUUGGAAGACUGACACGAUAUAUGUGGAUAUUUCAACGAAAGAACCAUAAAUGAUGCAGAAAUGAGUCAUAGCACAGUGGAUUCUGCAGCAGGAGCUGCCGCUGUUCUGAGGGAGGAGUUAGCAUCUGCAGUCAAUAGGCAGCAGCAACAUCCACCUGCUGCUUCCACUGCUGGCGCUUCUUCUGAAGUUCACCACACGGCAGAUGUUGCGGGUCCUGCUGCAGAACUGAGCGGAACAGAGAUGAUCAUAGCAAGUCUCCUAGCAGGGGCAACGGCUGGAGCAGCUGCUAAAACAACAAUAGCACCACUUGAUAGGACCAAAAUUAAUUUUCAGAUAUCUGAGAAGCCAUAUUCAGUCAAAGAGGCUAUAAAGUUCUUGAAACGAACUUACAAGAAUGAGGGAGCACUCAGUUUAUGGCGUGGAAAUUCUGCUACUAUGGCCCGAAUAGUACCUUAUGCUGCAAUCCAGUUUACUGCACAUGAACAAUGGAAAAAACUACUUAAAAUAGAUGUCGACAAGGACAAAAAACCUCCACCAGUAAUGAGGCUGCUAGCUGGAUCACUAGCAGGUGUAACAUCUCAGUCCUUGACCUAUCCUCUUGAUCUGGCUAGAGCACGUAUGGCUGUAACGCACAAGGAACAAUAUCGCACUUUAAGGCAGGUGUUUGUCAAGAUUUGGACUGAAGAAGGCCCAAGGACAUUUUAUCGUGGUUAUGUGCCAACAAUAAUGGGAGUCAUCCCAUACGCUGGUGUGAGUUUCUUCACAUACGAUUCCUUAAAAAGGAAAUACAUGGAGUAUACAGGCAGCUCCAGUCCUAAUGCCAUAGCAAGCUUGUUGUUUGGUGCAGUUGCUGGAAUGCUGGGUCAGUCGUCGUCAUAUCCACUAGACAUUGUUCGGAGAAGAAUGCAGACGUCUUCAUUAACUAAUACUCAGUAUCAAACAAUUUUGGGAACACUCCAAAAAAUAUACAGGGAAGAGGGAAUACGCCAGGGUUUUUUCAAGGGGCUAAGUAUGAACUGGAUCAAAGGACCUGUUGCCGUAGGAAUAAGUUUUGCUACCUACGAUUCGGCAAAGGAUUUUCUGAAGCAAUUAUUGCUAAUUAGACAUAGAUGAAACAUUAAAAAUUGGAUGACAAGCAGAUCUGGAGCUAUGCAGUUAUACUCGUGUGACUAAGUGAACACUUAUAGCUAUCCCUCACCAAGAAAAUAUCCCUGGUAGUACUGACAUAGAACAUGGGUUGUGUCCAAGGUCGUUUGAGCCAGUGUGUAAACCACAGAAACAGGUGCUUACUCAUCAUACAUCAAAUGUUACUUAUCUCACACCCAUACAAAAACCUACAUAAUGCAAAGAAAUGUCUGUCCUCAUGAAGAAAGACGUGUUAAUUGAGCAGAAAGUAAACUUAUGCUUGACUUUGUUUGCCUUGUUACUUUCUACCUUUCCCAUUUUCAUUAAUUUGCUUUUCCAAUGAAAUAUUUAUCCAUUAUUCAUGAUUUCCAUACAGUCAUAUUUUUUCACAGAAGAUGUAAGAAAUCACAAGCAUAAAAGGUAAACAGUCUGACAGAUGAGUAUAACAAUUUUAAUAUUUCAUUUCCACAACAUGUAAAUAUUCUUUUCAGUUUGUGUAAGCCAUGUAGGUACUCAAAUACACCGAUAAAAAGAAAUUCUGAACUAUUUCAAAGUACUUCUGGAAGGAUGGUACACUGAACCACCAGAAAACUACUAUAUGGAUACUUUUCUGUUCUAACAACUAGUUUUCAUAUGAGUAUCAUAAUUCAUUUACAUAAUAUUAUAUUUAUAGUCACUGUUUCAAUCAAAAGGUCCUUAAUGUUGGAUACAGGAAGGUAAGUUUUCACAACAGAGAGCUUGGUAAAAAUAAAGGUCUUUGGCACAGCACAGUAAAAACUAAGAUGCUAAGAGGGUGUCAAACCAGGACAUCGACAUUAGUUGUCAGCAACAUUAUAAGAAGCAGACUGGGAGGCAGUGUUGAGCAUAGUGAUUUGUUUCCACAUCGGUAUUCACCAACCAACAGAAUAGUUAGUAUACUAAUAUAAAGUCAGUUCUUGUAUGGCCACAUUAACUGCAAUCACCAGUUGAGUGAGGGCUUGCUGGAUAUUGUAGGUGUAGCAUGAGUGGGUGCAGCUUAGGUACUGACAAUGGACUUAGAUGAUGAUUCAACUCCAUAAACCUUUUGUGAUUACAAGUGCCUGUUUUGUAACUAUGCAAGAGCUGUGCACAUAUUAUUUAUUUAAUGUAUUUCUCUUUUUUUAGUAGCAGUUUAUUUUUUAAAUUUAUUUACAAUGUUUUCAACAUUUUUAUGUGAUAUCAGCAAUUUUUUUUUAGUUCGUUAGUGAGCUCUACAGGGAUAAAGGCUUUAUCUGCUCUAAAGAGGAGGUUUUGUAGACUGCAGUUUGACUGCAUAAUGUUGAACAUCAUGUUUACUUUAAAAAGACUGUUGUAGGGGGGGAUACAUUGAGCAAUUCUGUGGCAGUAAAAAAUUCAAUUUAAAACUAAAAUGAAGGUAUGACUAUGAAAUCUGAGAUUCUGAUAUCCUAGUUUCGUUGUUACAGUUAGAGCAGGCAUUUGAAUAAGAAAUAUUAGGAACUGUGAGACAGACUUGCUGGUUGGUAAUUACCUUCUCAAGGCAAAAUAUUUAUUACUGGUAAUACACACAUGAUAGUAUUUAACACUAUCCUAACUUUCAGAACUAUUAACUCCUUCCUCAUGGAGGAGAAAUCUAUUGGUUGGGGAAUGUUAAAGACUUUGUUGUAAGGGACAAGGGAGGACCAAAUCUUUCUACCCCCCAUCCUCAUAAUAUGGUCUGAGUGACCUGACCAUCUUCUUCAAUCUUUUCCAACCUAUCCUUUACACCUCCUGCAGAAAGGAAUUAUUAAGUCUGAAAACAAGCAUAGUGUCUUAUGCUUUGCCUAUCAGCAGUACUAAAUAUUUAGCCACAUGAAGCAAAGUCCUGGUCACCAAUUCUGUCUCAUAAUUUUAUAGUCUUAUCUGCUGAAUUUUCCUGACUCUUAUUGAAAGAACGAGAUGUUUCUAUCUGGCGGUCCCCACAAGUUCUUCCCAUCUCCUAUUGAUCCACAAGUACCAGAAGGUUCAGACCACUGAUCUAGAUUAUACUUCAUGAAAUAUAUUGAAUUUUAAUGUAUUUUGAAAAGUUUAUAAUGAAGAAUUAAUUACUGUAGUUCUUUUACUGUGUUAUCUGAUACUGUAAAAUGGGUGAAAGUGUAAUACUGCACCUCUAUACUGUUGAAAUUGGAUUUUAAUAUUAUUGCAAGCAUUGUUAAAAGAGAAAUUUAUUCAAAGAACUACAUGAAAGCAACUUACUGAUUGUGAAAUUAAAUGUUUGUGAAGGAUUUUGAUGUAUAUCUCUAGAUUGUUUUGUAGCAAGUAAAUGAUUUGGUCACUAUACAUCACAUAGGUCUAUAUUAGUAUGCAGUCAAUAGUACUCUGUUAAGACAAAAUUCACUCACAAUAACAGGCCAAUGGAAAUAGAAUUAUUAUUUAAAUCUGAGUCACGACUAAAAAUGAAAUUUAUAAAUUGUUGAAGCAUGUGUUGAAUUUAACUUCUAUUUAAUGUGCUAAAUCAUGGAACUAACAUUUAAAAGCACUUCUUGUAAAUUAAAACAUACCCACAGUUCAUGUAAAUAACUGUGCACAAUCUUAAAAGCAGUUUAUUCUGAAGACAAUAAAAUGACUCAGGGAUGUUUGUGUGUGUAUGUGUUACAGUACUGCUGCAAAUAAAGUGAUUAUUGCAACUACUAGUGUUCUGUGUUCCUGUAUAUUCCCUUAACACAUUUUUAUGAUCUGCAUAAAAUACUUCUAAAUCAAAUUUUUUUAUUAUCUUGCAUCCAUCAGGCCAAAAAUAUAGUAAAUGUGUUUUAUCUUGUAUACCCAUUCCAUCAGUUACUAUAGGAACAUUUACAAACUAGAGGUAUUAAAUUUGAUUUGAGUCAUUUCUGUGAUUUAUUGAUGUUUAAUUGAUUUACUUUGUUUCUCUAACAACAACAUAAGGUACUUCUCUUUUCUGUACAAUCAUAGUGUUAUGUGGUAGUUUAAGAACAUGAGGGAUGAACUUGUGUUUUUGAGAAUUGAUUGAUCGUUAUACAAUGCAAUGUCACAAUGUUUUUAUUAAGUUCAUAAAGUUGAGGUUCAAAUAUUAGAUGACGUCUGUUAUUGGUAGUGUUGGUUUCCUGCAACCAGUUUAAACAAUAGAUAACUCAAAUCAUUUCCUCUGAUAGUUUUUGUCAACUAUAAGUGCCUAAAUUGCAGUGGCCUAUUGCUAAUAGAGCACUACUCCGUAACAUAUGUAGUUUAAUGUGUGAUAGAAUUUACUUAGAUGAACCAUAACUGGACUGAAAUUUCUUUUCAGUUAUCACAGGGUAAUUGUAUCACAAAUGGCUAUCAUUUUCAUAUGUAAGAAAAGAACAUCUGUUCUGUGAAUGAACAUCGUUUUGAAAAGACUUUUUUAGCAUUUUUAGUAUAAUUAAUGUGAAAGAUUAGUAAAAGGUUAAAAUUUCAGUGAAUGAAAAAGCUGUAUGUGCAUUACAUGUAUAAAAAUGCACGACAACCACAGAGCAAC